AUGGGGUUCCACGAGAAAUGGAGGAACUGGAUUUCAGAAUGCUUAAGAUCGACUUCAGUUUUAGUGUUACUAAACGGAAGCCCGACAAAAGAAUUUAAGAUGGAUCGUGGCCUACGUCAAGGGGAUCCCCUAUCUCCAUUUAUUUUGUUAAUUGUAACUGAAGGAUUUAAUAUGUUGAUGAAGAAAGCGGUGGAUUCGGAGAAAUUGAAGGGAUUCAAAUUUGAGAGAGGCGAGUAUCGGUUUACGCAUUUGCAAUAUGCAGAUGAUACCAUGAUCAUUUGCGAGAAUAGUAUUAAAGCAGUUUUACUCCUCUUCCAAGCUAUGUCCGGAUUAAAAGUAAAAUUUCAUAAGAGUUCGAUUGUAGGAUUAAAUGUUCCCCAGUUUUGGAUCGACGAGACAGCAAGCAUUUUGAAAUUUAAAGUUGAUUCUUUACCCUUGAAAUUUCUCGGCCUUCCAAUUUGGGCGAAUCCAAACAGAUUAGAUACUUGGAAUCCAAUGGUAAAGGCGCUGAAAUCCCGGUUAAGCCAAUGGAAGAGCAGCCAGUUAUCUAUAGGUGGUCGGAUUGUGAUUUUAAAAUCAGUCUUAUUUGCGAUCCCGGUUUUCUUCCUUUCAUUCUUCAAGGCGCCGGCAGGUAAGCGGGUGUGGAAAAACAAAUCGGAGAGGAAAGGUCUAUGGUACGAAGCUUUAGUGAAUAGAUACGGUUUGAACAACGGGGGAAUGCAGAUGGAACCGAACGAUGCCUCAAAUUGGUGGAAGAACAAAUGUCAAACUGAUAUAGGCAGGUUUCAAACAGAAAAUGAGUAUUCAGUGAUAGUGUACAAACAGUACAAAAGGCAUGAAAAGAAUGAUAAAUAUGUUAUACCACAAUACAUACUAUCUAACAAUAGCUAA